AUGUCUAAUAAAACUUUGUUUCUUAAGUCAGGUUUUGUCCGAGCGCCUCUACAAAAUGGGGUCGGACGGUACGUUUGCCAGCUGCAGAGAGUUGUAUUGAAGUUCUGCAAGAGCCAUGGAGGCAGCAGAGGUUUACGGGAAUUCAUAGAGCAAGACUUGGUGGAGUUCGCAUCGAAUAAUCCCAGCAUUGUGGUCUAUUUGAAACCACGCAGACAUCGUUCUCCAGUAAUAGUUGGCGAAUAUUUAAACGGUGACAGAGUGUGGAUGAAUAUGCACAACAAGACUCAUUCAGAGAUAACUAAAUGGAUCGAGGUGCUGAGGACCCAACAGGGUGACGUGGCGUCCACCCGCCUCCGAAAGAACCAGUACACCGACCACCCCUCCAUCCAGGGGCCCUGGACGCCGUUCACGUUCAAAGACCCGAGGCUGAACAUCGCGGAGCUGCCAGACGAGGAGUUCGGUGCGAACAACAGGCUGCCCAUGACUGCCACAGAGCAGCUAAAGAUCAUGUUCGAGAAGAAAACGUUGAACAUUGAGCCGCAGAAAGAG